AUGUCUGCAAAUGGCUUCUGCGUACGUACAGGUGCUGCUUAUUUCGCUCAAGAGCUUCUUUCUACAUUCUCAACCUCUUUAGGUGAGGUCUCACUGCUUCCGGCAACAGGUGGUGUGUUCAUAGUCGAGAUACAUCACCAAAACCCAGCUUCAAUAUCCGAAGAUGGGUCGGCGACUGUAAAAACUGUCCUUUGGGAUAGAAAAAUUGAUGGCGGAUUCCCCGAAACAAAGGAACUCAAAAAGCGAGUGCGUGAUGUGAUAGACCCCAGUAGGGAUCUCGGGCAUGUUGAUGGAAAGAAAAAGCCAAGUACAGAAAUAGUGCUAUCGUCUGUAGUAAGGGAAACAAACGAAACACAGGGAGAGCAGGCAGGACAGGCCCAGCAAACUAACCCCGCAUGUGCCCCAAAAGACGGGAGUAAUGUGGCCUGCGAAGAUUGUAAUUGA